CAAACCGGAUAAAGCGUCAGCGGAGCAUCUCCGCCUCGGUUGUCGUGGGCGGCAUGUCGGGGCCCGCCUUGGAACCAACGGGGCCGCUGAAGGCCAGUGUGACUGUCAGCGGGUCCCGCACUCGUCGGAAACUCUUGACGGCGGAAGAGGCGGAAUUGUUCGAAUUGGCUCAAGCGGCGGGCACGGGCAUCGACCCGGAAGUGUUCAAGAUCCUGCUGGACCUUCUGCGUAUGAACGUGGCGCCCUCGGCGGUUUUCCAGAUGCUGCGGUCCAUGUGCGCUGGGCAGAGACUCGCCGCCGAGGGCGCCCCGGAGCCAGCCCGAGAGCCCCCAUUUGUCUCUGCCAAGACCAGUAAAAUCCCUGCACCUCCCUCACUUUCCUCUGCCCUUCGGCCUCCGAGAAUAAGAGUCCCUAAGGCUGUGGUCUACAGUCCUGCUGCAGCUUGUUCGCCUCUCUCUCAAGGUCCCCCUGGCUCUUUCCAGUUUUCUUGCUGCCUGUUCUCUCCUUUUGCAGGGAGAACCAGAACCGGUUCUGCAACAGCUGGGCCCCAAACUCUCUCUGACCACAGCAGCCGGGAAGGAUCUAGCCAACGAGUACCUCGACAGCCAAGCGCCAGCCGGCUGCAGAAGCCUGGGAAAAAUACAUAGUCAUUUGGAGAGAGAAGACCAGAAAGAGGUAUAGCUGUAGGAUCACAGUGAAAUCACAGCAUAGCAAAUAGCGCUUGUUGUGACUGAUUAGUCAUGGAACUCACAGUGUAAUAUUUCAGCAUGUCAUACAUAGCACAUAUCAAGAAAGUAAGUGCCGAGAAUGGAAUGAAGGUUCAUUGCUUGGAAACAUUACCUAGAAAAAAAGCUACUCCUAUGUAGCAGACUAAUAAAUCUAUCAUCAUG